AGCACUUGAUCGAACAUCAGUCUUUUAACUAUCGAAAUGAGGUCCUCUUCAGCUCGGAGUGUUGUGGUGCUUCUGAGCAUCCUCCUUAAUAUCGAUCUAUUUGGGGUGCAGGCUGAAAGAAAGCUAAAGCUCCACAAGCUCGAGAAAUUCAAGGAGGACACUAGAUUUUUCGAAACCAAUUUAAGCUUCGUCGAGGUCGAGGAUAAUGUGGUUAAAGUUAACGGAGAGCUAAAGGUUAAAUAUCAAGUGGAUGACCACUUCGAGGUCGAUGUUGAAGUAAAUCGAUCCGAAGAACGCGAUGGGGAAUAUAAAUCGGUAUUUUAUGUAGCCAAAACUGGGGUUUGCAACUUUAUGAAGACCUAUUACAAGGAAUUCUUCUACGACCGACUCAAGGAAUACUCGAAUGCUCCGGAUCCAAGCACCUGUCCUCUGCCAGAAGGAGCUCACUACCACUUGGACGACUAUCCGUUGGACGUCAAAAUGCUGAAGUCUCUAUUGAAGCCGGGGCACUACCGUAUAGAGUUUAAGGCUAUGUUGGAUCAUCUUUUUUAUCCGUUAAUAUAUAAGGCAGAGUUGGAGGUGUUCGAAUGAAUCCAGAUGUUGUCGAUAUGUUCCAUAUAAUGCGCCUCUAUUUCGGGACUAAAAUUGAGUUUCUAAAUUAUCAAAAACAUUAAUCGGAUGUAUUUAAUAGUAUCAUUUGUGAUAGCAUUGAACUAGUUAGGCGAUUAAAAAAUUAAUUUGAAA